AUGAGCAUAGUGAAAGAAGGUAAAGCCGAGAUCGUGGGCGGCGAAAAGGUGUUCUACAACCACAUCCAACAGUUCAACCGGGACUUAUCUGUGAUGGUCAUCCAGAGCUGGUACAAAAAGUACGGCCACACCCUCAAUAAGAAACGAGAUGCGACCGGCGAGCAGCCAUCAAACUUCAUCAAUAUUUUGGAGGCCUUGAGCGCUACGGGGUUGAGGUCCAUUCGGUAUGCCAAGGAGAUUGAGCAUGUAAACAAGGUGGUGGCCAACGAUCUUCUUGCCGAGGCCGUCAAGCUCAUCGAUGAGAAUGUUGAGCACAACCAGUUGGGUGACAAGGUCAAGUCCAACUGUGGAGAUGCCAUCAAAUACAUGUCGUCGACCAACCAGAAGUUCCACGUGGUGGACCUUGACCCGUACGGGACGGCGGCACCAUUCAUCGAUAGUGCCCUUCAGUGCGUCAAGGAUGAAGGUAUUUUGCUUGUCACUUGCACCGACGCCGGAGUGUUGGCAGGUAGUGGGUACCCUGAAAAGUGCUAUGCGCUCUACGGAGGCCAUAAUUUUGGUAACACCCUCAUCGGCAGUGAGCUGAAUCACGAGGUAGGUAUCCGGUUGAUUCUUCAGAGCAUUGCCAGUACGGCUGCAAAAUAUAAAAAGACCAUUGAGCCUCUUUUAUCCUUAUCAAUAGACUACUAUUUCCGGGUAUUUGUCAAGGUCAAGACCAGUGCGUUCGAUGUCAAGGAGUUGGCCUCCAACACGAUGUUGACGUACCACUGUACCGGAUGUGGAGACAAGCACAACCAGCACAUGGGACGGCGAGUGAAAACAGAAAAGAGCUACAAGUAUCAGACUCCCAAGUUGGUGAACGUGGGAAGCCGGUGCCCGUACUGUGAGUCGACCUACAACUUGGCCGGGCCCAUGUAUGGGGGUCGUAUCCAUAAUCGGGAGUUUGUCAAACAAGUUCUCCUGGUGAACGCGCUGUGCGACAAGGACGUCUAUCACACGAGUGAACGAAUUAAGGGAAUGCUCACAUUGGCGCUCCAUGAGCUCGAAUUACCGUUCUACUUCAACUUGAACCAGUUGCUGUCGUUCUUCAAGAGCCCACCUAUUUCCAUCAAUGAGUUUUCCAAAGCAUUGGGUAAUUUAGGGUACAAGCUUUCUUUGACGCACGCGAAGAAGAACUGUAUCAAGACCGAUGCCCCAUGGAACGUGAUUUUGGACAUCAAUAAGCAGUGGUUGAUCAAGAAAAACAACGAGUUGAUAGCGGACUACGAUGCUGGUAACCUCACCAAAACUGACAAAUUGACUGCAAAAAUAGACGUCUUGCGUCAGGAUCCCAGUACAAACUUGAACUUGAACCCGAACAUGAUCGGGUACAAAAUUCUCAAGAAUUUAAACUCCGAUACCACGGUAGAUUUUGAUACUGAUAACGAGGAAAGUGACAAGAUGAAACACUUGCGCAAGCUUAAGAUGGUCCGUUACCAGGAGAAUCCCAAGAACUGGGGUCCCAAGGCCAGACCUCCUACUUAA